CUGCCUCCGUCGUGUUCCAUUGAAAUUUGAACUCAGUAGCGCCUUUUAUUUUAGCCUGCUAAAUUACAGGUUUGUUAUUGCCGAGCAGCAUACAGAAAAAUACUUCUUUGUGAGCAUGGAUGACCAGUUUUUGAAAAAGCUGUCCGAAAAUGAAUUCAACUACAAAAAAUCCCUGGAUCGAAUCAUAGAAAAGUAUUCAAAGCUCCAGUACUGUGACGAAGACCUUGUGGUGGACCUGGAAACAGUAAAACCCAAAACUCUUGAUAACUACAUGCGGCGUGCCCAAGCAGUGCUGAACGAGUUGGACUCAAAGACCCUGGACGAGCUGAGAGCAGAGUCAGGGAGAGCACAUGAAACUACUAGAGACUCUCAGUUAGACUUAACACAGCCAUGUGGUAGAUCUGAUGAGCUCUGCGCUUCUGGAGUUGCCAGUGUGGCCACUUCACAUUUAUCUGUGGAAGACAAUGAUGAAGUCUCUGCAGCAGAGGUCUCUGCAUCUGAGAUCUCUGCAGCAGAGUUGUCUAAAAGUGACGUGACUCGACUGACUGAGAGCUCAUUGGAGGUGGAGCAGCAGCCGGAGGAUCAGGACGAGGAGCUGGAGAUGACUCUGAGGAAGCAUGACAGCCUGAUGGAGCUGUACCCGAGCAUGAUCAGCCGGAUUGAGCGAGCCUGGCACCGACAGCACGUCUCUGAGGCUGCUGACUCGGUGCUGAGGAGGUACCGCCGCUGGAGACAGCAGCCCAACAGAAGUUUCAGUCUCAACAACUCCUUCACUUUCACUCAGAAACACAAGAAGAAGAACACAGAGACGAGCAGCGAGAAGAACCGUGAUCGACCGGUGAAGAGCCACUUCAUGGAAGCUAAACCUUCACCUCAGUUGUCUAUACAGACGUUAACAACCAAACCUGAAUGGCAGGCGCAGUCACCAGGGAGGGAGAGGAGCGCACUAAUGAGGGAGAAGUGCCCACCCAUCUUAGUCAUUGACCUCUCUGGUCCUCCUGAAACCUUUAACCCAAAAGAGACCUCACUGAAUCAGACAUUCACAGUGUCUCCUGAUGAGCCCCAGCAAGAAGAACAGCCUUCUGUGUACCCCAUUAGUCCUCCAAAACCUUCCUAUCUAGCUCCAAAAGCAUCCUUGGAUCUGUCGCUUAGGUCAAAAAGGCUCUUGAAUGCUGCUCUUUCUCCGCAGAUAGAUGGAUAUCAUGAGUAUACAUCACAAAGCACAGCUGCUAAAGAGAGACAAGACAUCUAUGGCUCUCCGGUGAGGCGGAGCCCAUUAAAACCACACAUUGUGAGCAACUGUAGAUCACCAAACACCUUCUCUCAGAGCCCAAGAGCUUUUUAUAUAGAAAGUUUCUCCAGGGAACCAAUGAGAUCCAGACCGGGGUUCACAUCUCUGUCAGCUCCUAAACAAAAAGCAACUCUGCCCAUGAGGAUGUACAGCGCUCAGGAUCGUGACAAUUCCCUCCAACCUUCGCCACGCUCAGCAUCAGCAGCAGAAUCUUGCCACAGGCUGCGACGUCAUCUUUCCCUCGACUCCUCCCUACCUUUCUCUCAAAUCUCCCACUCCCCAAAGAAGCUGGAUGAGGAUUUUAUAAAACUGUACCAUAAGUUUGUCUGUCAGAACAAAUCCUCUUUCUUGAAAGGGCCGCCAUGUCGUUUCUGUGCUCGGAGCUCUGAAGCAACCAGGAGUCACUCCUCCUCAGCUCUGGCUGCCCUCGCCUUGUCGCCGCAUCGUUCUGUCCUGAGGAAACGCCACAGGGAGUUGAGCUUGGAUUGUUUCCCACAGUCCAAACGCAUCAGGGAUGCGUACUGCUCUUCUUCUCCUGGAUCCAAGCGCUACAGGUCAGAGAUGCUGAGGCGCCGUCUCACACCACUGGAAUCAGAGCAGGCUCAUGACUCCUACAGCCCAGGUAAACACGGACUGGGUCAUGACUCCUCCUACAGCCCAGGUAAACAUGGACUGGGUCAUGACUCCUCCUACAGCCCAGGCAAACAUGGACUGGGUCAUGACUCCUCCUACAGCCCAGGUAAACACAGGCUGGGUCAUGACUCCUCCUACAGCCCAGGUAAACAUGGACUGGGUCAUGACUCCUCCUACAGCCCAGGUAAACAUGGACUGGGUCAUGACUCCUCCUACAGCCCCGGUAAACACAGGCUGGGUCAUGACUCCUCCUACAGCCCAGGUAAACAUGGACUGGGUCAUGACUCCUCCUACAGCCCAGGUAAACACAGGCUGGGUCAUGACUCCUCCUACAGCCCAGGUAAACAUGGACUGGGUCAUGACUCCUCCUACAGCCCCGGUAAACACAGUGUGUUGCAGAGGUUCAGAAGCCAGCAGCAGUCAGUGGGGCAUCACCAGGAUGUCUGGAUGAUUCAGAGCCACCACAGAGCUGUCGCUGAGUUCUCAGGACAUGGAAGUUCAUUUGAAAGACGUGCUGCCAGUGUCUCCCCCAGAGAGUGGUGGUGAGAAAGAAUGGAGGCUGUCUCAGCAAAGCUGGAAAACUGUCUCAUGUGGCUGAUGCUGUUGUUUCAGCGAGAGCAGAGUGCGCUCAGGAAGCUCACUGUUCCCUGUUUUUUAAUGAUCCGUUUGCUUUCUGCCAUUGUUUUAAAAUUUUGUAUGUUCACUCACAUCAUUUACUGUUUGUUUUCAAAGCUAAAUACAGCUUCAUGUUUCUGUAAAUACCUAUUUUAAU